UCAGGUAAUUGAAAGGUAUUCAAGAACUAGAUGUUUCUAGGAACAACUUGUCUGGACAGAUUCCAGGGUUUCUUGGGGAGUUUCGGUUCUUUUAGUAUCUCAAUCUUUCCUAUAAUAUGUUUGAUGGUGAAGUUCCGAAUGGAGGAGUUUUCACAAACAUUAGUGCCUUCUCCGUUGUUGGAAAUUGUAAGCUAUGCGGAGGAAUUAAACUAUUGCAAUUGCCUGCAUGCCCAAUACAAGUCUUAAAUGAAUGGAAACGACCUUUCAACCAUAGAGUAAUAGUUCUAAUAGUUACUCUCACUAUUGUUGUAUUAUCAUUGUGCAUUUUAGCUUUUAUUUACCGAAACAAAAGGUCAAGACAGCAAAUCAAAUUAGCCUUGCCUUUGCAAAACCAAUAUUUGCAAAUAUCUUUUGGAGAACUUUUUCAAGCAACAAAUGGGUUCUCUCCAUCCAACUUAAUUAGUGAGGGAAGAUAUGGUUCUGUUUAUAAAGGGAUUCUCAACUCCGAUGAACAAAUUGUUGUUUUGAAGGUGCUCAAACUACACGAAUGUGGAGCGAACAAGUGUUUUGUUACAGAAUGUGAAGCAUUGAAGAACAUUCGCCAUCGAAAUCUUGUCAAGAUAAUUACAACUUGGUCAAGCAUUGAUUUUAAAGGCAACGACUUCAAGGCUUUGGUUUUCGAGUUCAUGGAAAAUGGGAGCUUAGAAAAUUGGUUACACCCAAGUCUUUUAGAGCAACAUGAACCUAAGAACUUGAACUUUGUUCAAAGGCUAAACAUUGCCAUUGAUGUGGCAUGUGCAUUGGAUUAUCUUCACCAUCAUUGUGAAAUGGCUUUUAUUCAUUGUGAUUUAAAGCCAAGUAAUAUUCUUCUUGACCGUGAUUUGUGUGCCCAUGUGAGUGAUUUUGGCUUGGCAAAGAUCUUUUUAGCAACCAAAGGAAUUUCUAUUCAUCAGCAAUCAAGUUCAAUUGGGAUUAGAGGAACAAUUGGCUAUGUUGCCCCAGAGUAUGGUAUGGGUGUGGAGGUAUCAAUGCAAGGUGAUAUGUACAGUUAUGGAGUGUUACUACUAGAAAUGUUCACUGGAAAAAGACCAACUAAUAACAUGUUUACGGGCAAUGUAAACCACCAUAGCUACGUACAAAUGUGUCUUCCAGAGCAAGUAAUGCAGAUCGUUGAUCCCCAAAUCAUAUGGGAAAUGGAAGAGGAGCCAAGUAGGAGCAUGCAAAGUAGUACAACCAACAUUUCUAAACUAGAGGCUUGCCUAGUACCAGUCUUUCAAAUUGGAGUUUCAUGUUCUGCUAAAAUGCCGAAUGAAAGAAUGAGUGUGAAAGAUGUUCUCAAGGAACUACACAAGAUUAGAAAUGUAUUUAUUGGGGUUAGGGGACAAAGGCAUUAGGAUGGAAGAAGAAAUGAUUCUCAAGUAAAAUCACAUAUGUAGGUUAUUUUGAUGUUAUAGGAUUUUUUUUCCCUCACUUUUCUUCUCCCCCUUCUUUUCUUUUCUGAAUUUGUAGUUGUUAAGCUAGGAAAGGCAUGAAAGUGGUUGUUCUUGUGGCAUUGACAUCAAAUAUUUAUACCUAGUUAAGGUUUCUAUAUGUUUAUAUGUAUGCCCUCUCUAUCUAGUUUUGUCAUAGUUUCGUUUUUUGGUUUAUGCUCUCUAGUAGUUCUAUUGUACAUAAGGGAGCUUGGCUCAAAACAAAAAACUGAUACCAUAGAAGCUAAAAGAGAAAAACAAAAAAAAAAAAAAAAGAUUUAGCUCAUAAUAUGAUGGAUUAUGAAGUUAUCAUACAUCACAUACUAACCAAUAUCACUCAUAUAAAUUAUUGAGCAACGGGAAAAAUGUUUCAUUUAUGUUGAUUUCACUCUCAUCAUAUAUUAAUCUAAAACGUAACCUGAUGGUGUAAUGGUAUCAGUGACAUAUUAGUUAGAUGCAAAACCAAUACUUGAUCAAUGUAUAUAGCUAAUGGGAAAUAUGAAUAAUCGUUAUUACGAGGAAAACAAAAAUUUACUAGUAGAAAGUGUUAAAAAAAUAAAAAAACACAAUGCUAGCAACAAUCUUCUAGUCCAUAACCUACCUAUAAAAGCAGGAAAAUCUCCCUCUAACAGCAGUGUGUCUAACCCAGGUGAAAUGGAAAAUUCACCCUUGUUGAAGAUUGCUGAGCAAGAUCUCCAUCGGUUGGGUCUUCUCCAGCAAGUUGUUCAUCACCUCUUCCCACGUGUGUUGCUGCAGCUUUCCACUCAGACUUCUUCCAUAAGUUCUGCUAUUUUAGGAGGUGUAAACUGUUGCCUUGCUGCAAAUUACUCUGAGUUUGGUCCAAGAAACAAGAGGCAUGACAUUCCUCAACUUCCAUAUUCAAGUAGCUGUGAAUUCCAUUUCUUAAUUCCAUUGUCCUAUGUUUGCUUCAUUGAAAAUUGUUUUCAGAUGUCUGUUUAUGAGCUUGGUUAGUGCCGACAUUGAAUUGAAUUUGUUUUUUGUUCAAAUUACUGUUCAUGCAUUUGUGCUUUGGUUUGAAGUUCUUAUUAUUAUCUGUAAAUGAAUCCCUUAUUCCUACUUGUGCCUCAACAUUUUAAGUUUCAGUUGAAAUUGUUGUUUUUAAAUGAGUAGUCAGUAGUUGAUGUUGAAGCACCAUUAAGAGGAAUAGGAAGACAAUAGUUUUUUAACAAAAGAAGAGAAGACAAUAGUUCAUCUGAUCUUAAUACAAUUAUCUGGCCUUUGUUCUAGUGAGCAUUCAGUAAAACAAAAUAGUAAUUUGCCCGAGAUAUUGAAAAUUCCGUGUUUUGGUUUUGUUGGUUGCUUGGAGUUUGUUUGAAUAUAAUUUGAAUUAGUUUUCUUUGUGUUUUAAUAAAAUUUGAAUUACCAAAAAAAAAUUUAAAAAUUGAAUGUUUGUAACUUUGUAAAUGCAUCAAGUUGUGUUUAGUCUUGUGUGGAUGCAACAUUCAAUUCCAAAGUGUUCUUUUAGAGUUUGUUUUGUGCCAAUUCAAAUGGGUUACAAUUUUUUUCUUUUGUUUUUCAAUUUACCUUUUUUGUAUUGCUAAUGAUAUUAAACAUAGUUCAAUUUACCUUUUAAGCAUAAUUUUAGUUGGAUUUUCACUGUGAAUGAAAAGAUUAGAGAAGCCAUUGUUCCUCAAGUAAUCUGUUCAAAGAUUUUAAUUCUGGUGCGAGAGGUAAAUUUCAAAUCUUUUAAUCUUAGUUGCUUUCCUCAUGCAUGCAAUAUCUAAUUGUCAUGAUCUUAGGUCACAUUUGUGAGGUAGUUUGGAUGUUUUGCAAUCUUACUUGGACUGCUUUUAUAUGAUCUGUAGUGAAAUAGUAAAUGUUAGCAAUUUAGAACUCUUUCAGUGCCAACAAUAAACAGUCCUUCCAAAAGAUUUUUAGUAGAACAACAAAGCUAACCCUGAAGUCAAUUUAGGAUCUAAAUCUGCCUAGAUAUGGAGAGAUCUUAGUAAAAUAAAACUUCUUUUGUUUUAUUGCCGCAUAGUUGAUACCAAAGGAUAUGAAUAUUGCAAAUUACAUUUUUUUUUUCAAGAAUACUUUCAAACUCAUCCAUUUUUUUAAUUUUUUUUUUUUUAAACUCUUCCAUUUUCAUCAUUAGAAACACAAAUUCUUGUAUUACAGGUUUGCAUAAUUAUAGUGAAUUCUCCAAGGCACUGAAUCAAGAAAGGCAACACAAGUGUCAAUAAGGCCAUAUUUGUUGACUGUAAUCAUAGCUGGAAUACUAUAUAUGGAGCACAUUGAGUUACUUGGGUUUAAGCUCUAGAGUUCUUUGAUUUUUCAAGUUGAUCCCAAACCUGACUCAUUAAGCACCAAGAAACUAUCCUUCUUCAUGAACCAAUCUAAAAGCCAAGCUUGAUAUUUUUUAGCAACAUAAAAGAAAAUGUCAUUUUCACUUCAUCUACUCCAUCCAAUACAUUUACCUUUAAUUGAUUAAUUUCUUACCCCUUUUUUUUUUUUCCUUCUCAGGUCUUGAGAACAUUAUUCAAUGCAGAGAAAGGAGGUUAGCCCUGAUUGAAACCCAAUUUGAACUGCCUAUAAAGCCAACCCAGGGCUCCUAUCUGUGCUCUGGAAAGCUUCCAGUUUGGCGGUGAACACAUAUACGCUGUAUGCUUACAGUUUGGAAUUCAUUUUCUACGUACUCUUGGCGGUGGCUCCUGAAUUUCGUUUUCAAUCAUCAUGAAACCCUCAUCCAUCAAUUGUUACAGAUCUUCAAUUCAGGGAAAAGCCUUUUGCUGUCUCUUACCCCCCUCUGAUAUAUGUGCAUAGCAAAAUCAUGAUGAUUGAUGACUGUAUAUCCUUGAUAGGAUCAUCUAAUAUGAAUGACAGGAGUUUACUUGGAUCAAGAGAUUCUGAGAUUGGUGUACUUAUUGAAGACAAAGAAUUUGUUGAUUCAUGUAUGGGAGGAAAGCCUUGGAAGGCAGGAAAAUUUUCUUCGAGUCUUCGCCUUACGCUAUGGUCUGAACACCUUCGUCUUCCAGCUGGAGAGGUUCUAAACCUUGAUGACCUUCAUCUGUUAGUAUUGAAAGCUUGUGAAAAUCAAGUCCAUUGGUGCAAGUGCAUGAUAUAAGUCUUCAUGAACCAUUUCUG